AGAAAAUAUUAUUAUGUGGAUAUACUUUAUAUGGAAUUCCUUAUUAUUACAAUUUUGUAUAAUGCCUGUCUUUACUUUACGAAUUCUAUUACAUAAAGAGGGCCAAAGAAAAUUGUUGUAAAUGUCAUGAUUGUACGAUCGUUCAUACACAUUUUAUAACGCUGCCAGCAGAGGACACGAGCUAUAAUAGUCGAAGGUGGCGCAGGAAUACAUAUUUCUAAACGUGAAAAUUUCAAUGGCGCCUGUGACUCUGCAUUACGGUUAAUUACGGCUAGUAACGGUGCGCCUUUCACGAUUUGUAAACUUUUCUAUAUUUGGUGUAUUACUUGAAUCAAAUAUUAUGGCUAAAGCGCCGUACAAAUUGAGCUGUAUCCUCGUCGGACAUACUUCUGAUGUACGAGCAUUGGCAACUUGUAAGGAUGGGUCCAUAGUAUCCGCAUCCCGGGAUAACACUGCUCGGGUAUGGAAACCAACCGGGAAUGGAUCUGGAUAUUCUGAAGAUUCCAUUCUAAAAGGUCAUGUUAAAUUUGUUAGUUCCGUAUGUGUGAUAAAUCCUUCAGAACAGUAUGCAAAAGGCUUUAUAAUAACUGGAAGUAAUGAUAACAAUAUUUGUAUCUACAUACCUGGUGAAACAGAACCUAUCCACAAAAUAAAAGCUCAUGAAAAUACUGUAUGUAACUUAAGGACAGGGAGUGUAGAAGGAACUUUUUUGUCCAGUUCUUGGGAUUUAACAGCUAAAUUGUGGCAUAUUAAAAAUUUGGAUAAACCAUUGGCAACUAUAGUAGGUCAUACUGCUGCAGUUUGGUGUGUGGCAGAUCUACCAAACAGUGCUAUAGUAACUGGUUCAGCAGAUAAGCUUGUUAUGGUAUGGUCCAGGGAGAGUGUAAUGCUUCACGAAUUAUCUGGACAUACAGAUUGUGUUCGAGAUAUAUCUAUCAUUAAGAAUGAUGAAUUUCUCACUUGUGCCAAUGAUGCAACUAUACGCCAUUGGAGUGCCACACAAGGAGUUUGUUUAGGAACGUACUGUGGACAUGAGAAUUAUAUAUAUAGCAUAGUAUCUAGAGCAAAUGGCACUCUUUCUGUAACCGGAGGCGAGGAUCAUACAGUAAGAGUUUGGUACAAUGGAGAAAUAGAUCAAACUAUAAUGCUACCAACACAAUCAGUGUGGUGUGUGGAUUUGCUUCCUAACGGCGACAUAGUAACUGGUGCUUCUGACGGACAAAUCAGAAUAUUUUCAGCGAAUCCUGAACGAUAUGCUGAUACACCAACGAUGCAACAUUUUGAAGAAGCAGUUGCACAAACUAUGGCCAAUGCACAACUUGAACUAGGAGGGAUUAAAAUCAGUGAAUUGCCAGAUUCUAAAGUAUUGUCACAACCUGGACAAAAAGAUGGCCAGACUAAGAUGGUGAGAGAAGGCGAUGUAGUUAGAGCUUAUAGUUGGUCACAAAGCUUACAGAAGUGGGAACGGAUAGGAGACGUGAUGGGAGCCUCUGGUGGCAGUGCAGCUACUUCCGGAAAGCAGUUAUACAAUGGAAUUGAGUACGAUUUUGUAUUCUCGGUCGAUAUACAAGAUGGAGUUCCACCAUUAAAACUACCGUAUAACAUCGGUGAAGACCCAUGGCAUGUUGCACAGAAAUUUAUUCACGAUAAUGGUCUCAGUCAAUUAUUUUUAGAUCAGGUUGCUAGCUUUAUAGUCAAGAAUUCACAGUCUGCACCAGUUGUGAAUACCAAUUCACAAUAUGCAGAUCCGUUUACUGGUGGCAGUAGAUAUGUUCCUGGAGCAUCGACAUCAAAUAACAGUGUGGCACAACCGCAUCCUAAGCUCCCUGCUACUAGUACAUCUAAAACAUCAGUCUCACAAUCUUAUAUUCCUCAUGUAAACUAUUUAAAACUAGAACAAGCCAAUCAUCCUGCUAUUCUUGAAAAACUACGGGAACUGAAUAAAAAAUGUGGCGACAGCAUUCACCGAAUACCUGAAGACAAGCUUGAAUUGAUUGUUAAGCUUGCCUCAGAAAGUCAUAUUUCGGAUCAAUUAAGGACUGAGGCAGUUGAACUUCUACGAGUUCUUUUGAAUUGGCCAAACGAAAUGGUAUUUCCUGCUUUGGACGUGGCACGAUUAGCUGUUUUACAUGGGGAAGCGAACAGUCAAUUAUGUACCGCAGAAUUAUUAGAAGUAGCGAAGCGUCACAUAAAGAACAAUGCAUUACCAUCCAAUCAGAUGCUUACCUUUCGUUUACUGGCCAAUAUGUUCUGCCAUGAAAAGGGAGAGAAACUUGGCUUAAAACACAGGGACGAGCUUUUGAAAGCUGUUCUCAAUCUGUCAUCUCUUGGAAGUAAAAAUAAUCAGGUUGCUAUAUCCACAUAUCUCUUAAAUUUGAUUGUCGCCUUGAACAAACACGACGAUACCCCAGGUAGAACGAGAGCGCUAAACGUACUUUUUACGUUACUUCCGCUUUUAAAUGAACCCGAAGCUGUGUUCAGAGCUCUAGUUGGUCUUGGAACACUCUUAGCAGCAACCUCCGAUCCGGAUGAUCGGAACGAACUAAUUCGUGCCGUCCGACAAUCGGAAACGGCUCUUAAUGUUUUGAGAACAAUGUCGGAAAGUAUUACCGAUCUCCACGCUCAAAAUAAGCUAGCAAAUUGUUCUAAACAAAUUAUUGACCUGAUUAUUUAACUUAAUACUCUUUAAGAUACGUUUAUACUUGUACCACAUACUGUUAAAGUGGUAAUUAUCCUGGUGAUUCGCCUGACAUGUAGCUUUUCGAACGCAAAUAAAUGUAACUUCGAAUACUA